CCAGGGAGCUUAUUACGACGGUACGUUUUGGAAAUGGUCUUGGGUCUUCGGCGCGGUGGAUGAGCGAGCCCGGAAGCCCCAAAUUAAUGGCUUCGCUGUCUCUCUCCUCCUUCGAUCAUUAUCACUGAAACCUGUUCCUGCUUUUUCUUAUUUCUCGCUAGUUCCUCGCCUUCCGAGAACUUUCAAUUCACCUUCUUCUUCUUACCCUGUCUCUCCGUGACCUUGCGAUCGCAGAUACAGAGCAUCUACUGUACUGUGUGACUAUAUAUAUAUAUAAAUACAUAUAUCUGCGAGCUCGCGUGUGACUGUUACCCUUUAGCACUUCAUUUCCGUGAUAAUCUCGUCCUCCAGUUCCAUUUCCAUGGAGUCUUCAAUCUCUGGACUCCGUGAGAAACAGCAACGCGAACUAGAAAAUUUGACAGUUGCAACACAGCCCGUAAAGACAUUGAAGUACUUCGUUUUGUCUAUCGUUCAGUGUCUUCGAGGAUUUAUAGCAAAAUGCGGCUGGGUUUUGCUUCUGGUUAUCACAGCAAGUAUUCUAGGAUGCUUUGCUAUGACAGUUGGCGGGCCUCAUGAACAGGAGCUUUUUAAUUAUCUUCGAUUUGGACUUUGGUGGCUUGCCCUUGGUGUAGCAUCGUCAAUUGGUCUGGGAUCUGGUUUACAUACAUUUGUACUUUAUUUGGGCCCUCACAUAGCUCUGUUUACAAUAAAAACAAUGCAAUGUGGUAGAGUUGACAUAAAAAGUGCUCCAUAUGACACAAUUCAGUUGAAAAGUGGCCCUUCAUGGGUGGAUCAAGAUUGUUCAGAAUUUGGACCCCCUCUUUUCCCAUCGCAGGUUCCAAUCAGUAGUAUAUUGCCACAGGUUCAGUUAGAGGCUAUUCUAUGGGGCAUAGGAACUGCACUUGGAGAGCUUCCUCCAUACUUCAUAUCAAGAGCUGGAGUUGUACUAAUAGAUGCUUCAACUGUAGCUCAUAUAUCAGGCAACAAAUUGGAAGCAGUGAAAGAACUGGAUUCUUCCCCGGCUGAAGCUAGUGGAAUUGUGGCUAAUCACCUUCACCAGAUUAAAUUGUGGCUUCUUUCUCAUUCACAGUAUUUGAACUUUAUUUCAAUUUUGGUUCUUGCUUCAGUACCAAACCCUCUAUUUGACCUUGCCGGUAUAAUGUGCGGACAAUUUGGCAUUUCAUUCUGGAAAUUCUUUCUUGCAACAUUGAUUGGAAAGGCAUUUAUUAAAACUCACAUACAGACCGUUUUUAUCAUCUCAGUUUGCAAUAAUCAACUUCUUGACCUGAUAGAAAAUAAAUUGAUUUGGCUGCUAAGCCAAUUCCCAGUGCUCGGUCCUCUCAUUCCUAACCUCAGUGGCAAAUUGCAUACUGUGAAGGAGAAGUAUAUGCAUGCCUCUCAUCAGGUCCCCUCAAAUACCAAGGUGAAAAGAUGGAACUUAUCAUUUGCUUCAAUAUGGAACACCGUUGUUUGGCUUGUUCUCGUGAAUUUUUUCAUCAAGAUAGUGACAGCAACAGCACAGAGCUUCCUUAAGGAAGAACAUGAAAGGGAGUUGAGCAAGUUGACAGAAAAGCUGCGUGCCUCAGAACCCUCAAAAUAUGAGUGCAGCCAAGCAUCGGACUGAAUUUGCAAGAAAGUUAUGAGGAUCUAUUAGCUUUCUUAGUGAUCUAACUUUGAAUUUUCAUGGCAGAGAGUUUUUGUACGUGCCAUGAGUAUUAGCUUCCAAAGCUUCCUGUUUAUAUAUUAUUGCAGUUUUAGCAAGUAGAAAGGACACACGAAAUGAAACAAAAUUCUUAGCGUAGCAAUAAUUGUUUUAUGGGACAAUACAUUGAUACUAAAAAUUGCUAUUGGUCUCUGUAUUUUACGACUUAGUUCCUUCUUGGAAAUUCUGUGUAAUAAAUAAAAUACAUUUAGAUGUUUAACA